AUGACAGGCGCAUCUCACAAAAAGGAGAGAGGCAGAACAACAGGAAUGGAAUACGGUGACAACUCAAACGCAUCCCAUGAGACUGCUGGUGACUCAAUCAAGUACUUCUGUGAUAACAGGAACUUCAAGUACAGGGAAAAGGGAAGAGGAGAGGAUGAGUUGGACUUGAUUACGUGUGGGACGUACAUGAAGAAGAAGAAUACGAUCAAGAAGUGGACUGAGGAGGAGACUGAGCAGUUCUAUGACGCAUUGGUGACAUGUGGAUGUGACUUCAGUCUCAUGGAAAUGGUAUUCAAGGAUAGAAAUAGAAAGAAUAUCAAGGACAAGUACGUGAAAGAGAGUAGGACGAAUCCAAAGAGAAUAGAGGAAGCAUUGGGUAGACACACUAAUAAGAAUAGUAGGUAG